AUGCCAAGCGGGCAGUUAAUUUUGGAGGAGUAUGGCUGCUCGGGCCACACUGGCAAGCUUGAGAAGGAGUUAAGGCAGUCGGAGAAACUCGGUUUAAGCAGCUGUAAUUUAAUCCAAGAUCUCCAGGCCAGUCUUAAUUUUGCGAAUAGCACGAAGAAAUAUCUGGAAGACGUGUACAAAAAUUUGCUUGCCGAGAGCGAAGAACUGGAACGGCAAUUGGAGAUCUUACGCAAGCAACUUGGAGAUAAAUUACAGCUGGAGGAGAUGCAUCGAAAAUGUCAAGUGGAGAUGAUGACAACAGCUCGUGAGAUGGAGCGUGCAUGCAAGUCACGCCUUCAAGAGCAGCUUCAGGCGAUGCGUGCCGGGUUCGAUGCAUGCUUAAACGAAAGUCGAUGUGAUAUUGAUGAAAAAUACAAAAACAAGCUGGACGAAGCAAACGAAACGCUUCAGCAGAUGAAUCAGGCGCAGGAGGAGACGGCACGCAUGCGACUUCGCGUCCACGAGCUGGAAAAGGCUGGCAGUGGUUAUGAGAGCCGGAUCGAGGCACUGAACAGGAAGAUUUCCGAUUUUGAGAGUCAGCUGCGCCUUACUCGCGAUGAUUACGAUCUGCGCCUCAGCCAGCGCGAUAAACGAGUUGUGGAGCUGCAAGAAGAAAUUGGCCGCCUGCUAAAUGAGAAUCAAGAUAAAUUCGACCUGGGAGUUCAGCUUAACACCGAACUGAAAGCUUGCCGGAAUCUGCUUGAGCGCGUGAAAUCGCUGCAUCACAUUUAUUGCUUCUCGGGAAUAUUUCUGAUAAAUUUCUUACUGCAAAUAAAAGAAAAUUCCUGCUAGUA